CUGAUUGGUCCAGCAUUCAACAAUUCUCUUCCUCAUCGGUGAGCCCAUUCGGCUCUGUCUGUGAUUCGGGUCGGCUAAUUGAAUUGAAGCUGCUUGUAUAGUGCCUUACCAACGCUGCAUUCACCAGCUGCUUUAUGUAACGCAUUUUGUCACACACCAGUGGACCGGGACACGUGUUUUAUUUGGGAUUCGUCGAUGCAGAAACGUUUGCACAUAGUAAGAUGGCAACACUUUCACAGACAAAGGAACUCUUCCGGAGAGCAGAAGCUGUCUGUUUCGAUGUGGACAGCACAGUCAUCAAAGAAGAAGGCAUAGAUGAACUUGCCAAAUUUUGUGGUGUGGGGGAUGCAGUCACUGAAAUGACUCGCAAAGCUAUGGGCGGAUCAAUGACAUUUAAAACAGCGCUGACUGAGCGUCUUUCCAUCAUCCGAUGUUCCAGAGAACAAGUGAACAAACUGAUAACCGACCACCCACCUCAACUGACUCCAGGUAUCAGUGAGCUUGUGGACCGUCUGCACCAGCGCAACAUAAAGGUGUUCCUCAUCUCAGGUGGAUUCCGCUGCAUUGUUGAACACGUGGCCACUCAGCUAAACAUUCCUCUGCAUCAUGUCUACGCCAACCGGCUCAAGUUCUACUUCAACGGAGAGUAUGCUGGUUUUGACGAGAGCCAGCCCACAGCUGAGAGUGGUGGAAAAGGAAAGGUCAUCAGCAUGUUGAAGGAACAAUACGGCUUCAAGACUGUGGUGAUGAUUGGCGAUGGAGCCACGGAUCUAGAGGCAUGCCCUCCUGCCAGUGCUUUCAUUGGAUUUGGUGGAAAUGUCGUCAGGCAGCAGGUUAAGGAGAGGUCAUUGUGGUACGUGACAAGUUUCGGGGAGCUGCUAAAGGAACUGGAAGUGAUUUAAAGAAGCUAAUAGUACUGUUACUGAGUUUAACAUUUUAUAUUUGCACCUAAGGAUGUGCCUCUGAUGGUUUGAUCCCCUGCGCGCACAAUUUUCCUUCUACAUGUACUCAAUAGAUUUUUAUAAUGAAUGGAAAUGUUUACAAUAGUGAGACCAAUUUUACCUAUUGAUUUUUAUACUAGAAGAUACUAAACAAAUAACUGUAUGUGGAGGAUAAGAUUUAAGUGCUUUACGCACUUUUUGCAUCAAAGCCUAUAGGUAAGUUAAUACAACUCCUGCAUCAUAUAAGGUGCAAUGAGCAAUAGAAAUAUUUUAUUUCUGUAUGUAUGGACACUACGAGCUCUAACCAUACAUGUCAAUGUGUAGUUAAGUCCAGUAAAGAACAUCAGCAUUAAACAUGAGAACAUGCUGUCAAA